AUGGAACUUUGUGAAGAAAAUAAUUGUAUUUUGUGUCAAGUUGCUAUUUGCCUUCACUGUAAAAAGUCUCUUUGUAUUGCCCAUUUAUUAAAACAUAAUGAUGAAUUAAUUAUAAAGGCGAACAUGUAUUGCGAUGAUUUAAAUUGUUUAUCUGAACAAUUAGAUCGAUUAAAUUUCGAUGAUACAUUUAAAUCAUGUGAAGAUCAUUUAAAUAUGUGGCUAUGUGCUAAAAUAAAAGAAGUUGAAUUAAUUUAUAAUGAAAAAAUGGAUAAAAUUCGUCUGUAUCGUCAACAAUCAAAGGAACGUUUAGAAAAUUUUAAAUUAAAGCAAAAAACAAAAAUUGACAGUUUACAACAUACUCUAUUCAAUGUUCAAACGCACAAACAAACAAAUUCAAUUCAAAUUGAUGCCGUUAAAAUAGCAGUCGAUAAAUUACACGCAGAAGUAGAAAAUUUUCAGGAUUCAAUUACUUUGACUAAUAAAAAUGAUUAUAUUCCCGCAAUUGAAAUAGAAAAAAGUUGGAAUGAUAAUGAUAGUGGUGGUGGUGAUGAACAGAUAGAAAAACUAGAUAAAAUGACAAUUAUAACAGAUGAUGAUUUAUUGGCGACAUCGAAUAAUAAAGUAGUAAAUGACCACGAGCAGAAUGAACAUUUUCAAUCAAAAUUGUCAGCUAACGCACCUCCAUUUCAAGCCAAAUCUAUUUUUGCACUUCCAACAUCUCCAACUAAUUCUCAUCAUUCAAUGACAACAGGAGAACCAAAUUAUCAGCGAAUUAAUAAUUUUUCUGGUCGAAAUAUCAGCGAUGCAUUUAUAUAA